GAGAGAGAGAUGGGAAGGACUCCAUGCUGCACGAAGGUGGGGCUACACCAAGGGCCAUGGACAUCACGAGAGGAUGCUUUGCUCACCAGCUAUAUUAAGAACAAUGGUGUAGGCAAUUGGAAAUCACUCCCUAAAAGGGCAGUAUAUGGUUCGAUAAAGGCAAUAAGCUUAACAGUAGUGCUAAUGGUGACAUGUAUUAAACCUACAGAACUAAUCAAUUCCUGUCAAUCAUUUAAAUCUAGGAGCAUACCAACAAGUGGACUACUUAGGUGUGGAAAGAGUUGCAGAUUAAGAUGGAUGAACUAUAUUAGACCCGACAUUAAGCGUGGAAACAUCAGCCCUGAAGAAGAAGAUCUCAUCAUCCGCCUUCAUACUUUGCUAGGAAAUCGUUGGUCUCUCAUCGCCGGCCGUCUUCCCGGCCGCACCGAUAACGAGAUCAAGAACUACUGGAAUACCCAUCUCAGCAAGAAGCUUAAGAAUGAAGGCUUUGUCAUAAGAGAAACAAUCUCAAGACGACUUAAAUCUUCGCAAAAUCACAACUUCAUGAAGAUGACGAAUAAUAAUAAUAAUAACAACAAAAUCAAUGAAAAGAAACCUACUGAUGAGAAAGCUACAAUGAGUAAAAUCUAUGCACCAAAGCCUACUAGAAUUGAACCACGGUAUAGCAACUAUGUCAUGAGUAUUGUGACAGAAAGCAAUGAAGAAACUCAAGGCACUGAUGGAAGAUUGGAUGGUGGGGAUGAGAUCAGCAGUGGAGAUUAUCAAAAUAUUAUAUAUGGUUCUGACAAUGGAGAAGAAGCUAAUUUUGUUGAUGUGAAUCAUUACUUGGGUUCGGAUUUGGAUUUAGUAAAUGGUGAUUUAUUCUUGCAAGAUCAUGAAGUGCUUGAUAGAGUAUACCAAGAGUACUUGGAGCUCUUGAAUGUGUAA